UUCCUUCUUGUGGUCGACAACUUUCAAACUUGAAUUAAAUGCUAAAUGCUGUUUUUUUGUCAUGUCGUGAUUUUGUGAGGAUUAAAAAAGAAAAGAAAAAUCAACUUCGUCACAUGCAGCCGUCGUGAUAAUCCUGUUUGUUCUUCUGAUUGGUGAAAAGUUAACCCACAAGAAAAAAUGUCAGCUGACAAAGACGAAAACCAUCAGAGGUUAAAGGCAGCAGUGCAUUAUACCGUGGGUCGCCUGUGUCAGAAAACCGGAGAGGAGCACCAGAGAGAGUUCAGUCGACAGGUCGUAGCUGCAAUAGCUGAAACAACAUUCAGACAAUGUGAUAUAUUUGCUAAAGACUUGGAGGCAUUUGCAAGGCAUGCUAAAAGAAGCACAGUGUCUGCUGAAGAUGUAAAGCUCGCAGCCCGUCGCAGUACUGCACUGUCCAUCUACAUACAAAAGAAGAGUGAAGAAUUCAACCAGGAGCAGAGGGAUUUGAAAAAGAAUACUGGGAAGAGGAAGAGCAGAGACACUGAAGAGGAGAGCAGAGAAUAAGGACAAGACAGUAGGCCUGUAGUGUCUCACUGAUGCCCAACAUUCAAAUAAACAUUAAGACUGAUUAACACAUGACAAUGAGUUGAGUGUCUUCAAAAGUGCCAUUCAUUCUUGUAUGGUAAUUAAGCAUUGAGAUUAUGCUUUGUCAUAAUACAGUGUAUUAUGUACGGGGUGAACUUCCUAAACUUAUCUGUCCUUGUACCUAUUGAUGUUACAAUCAACUUACAGUGCAUUUGUCACAGGUUUGACAUACAACUAAAGUAUAUCAAGAACUUUGAAGCCUACUUCAAAAUCUUGGAUUGGUAAAGACUGCUACAAAUCUACCUGCCAAGUUUCUCAAAUGCUUUUAAUAAUUUUCUGAAUGUGUUUUACACACUUUGGUAAAGCUGAAGUUAAAUGUAAGGAAAACUACCCAUAACAUAAGGAUAUCUAAAAAUACCUUUCACCAAUCCAAGAUUCAGCAAUGUGGCAGUUUCAUUCCUUUAGCCAAAUUGGGGACAGUUUGAGGUGAUGCCACAUUGCAGAGUUUGUCUACUGUAAUUUAAAAUCAAGACAAUUGCUCUCCCCAGAACUCCCCUUUAACCUUAAAAGCAAGUGUGAAACAAAAUCAAAAAGGAAUAAUUCACUCUGACAAGCCAUCACAAGCAGCAAAAAGACAGGUACUACCCCAUGUCAUGUCUGAGAAGGCCACACACUGAAAGUGUUGGAACUUCGUCUUCGUCCAUCAGAACAGACUUCAGUCAGGGUUCAAACGGAGACCUCGACCAGCAGAGCCCAA